AUGGGCCAGCAUGCCGACGAGAACCUCCCGGAGGUGGUGCCGGGGCAGUCGCCGCAAGUUCUGUCGGACCAAGAAGCCCUGCGCUAUCAGCUCCAACUCGAAGAGCGCGACCCAAAAUACCCAGUCAACCUGGACGACGCACCCAAGUGCAUCGAGACGGAACCUGACCACGACAGGAUUGCGACUUUGAGUCCGGGAGGUGCGAGUAGCGUACCAUGGGAGCCUCUGUCGGCAGUGGACAACCUGCCAGCCGGGGACAGGAGCACGACGUAUUAUGAGAGCGAGAAGAGCGAGCGGGGCACAGGCAUGAUCUGCGGCUUGCGUAAAAAGGUAUUCUGGCUGUUGCUCGGUGCCGUGCUCAUCAUCGUUGCAGCAAGCGUGGGAGGCGGUGUUGGAGGAGGCAUUGCCGCAGUGAAUUCACGGAACCAUGCCGUAGUAGAGGCGGAUUCUUCCUCAAGAUCCAGCCAGACAUCUGCUCCUGCUCCGACCACCAGCAGCACCCCGGCGCCGAGCAGCUCGACGACCUCCGCCCCGCCGGCGCCGGAACCCACGUACCUCAACAACCAAACCUUCCCGACUCCGGGCUUUGCGUUCCAGGCGUUCGAGGGGCGCAACUACACGGUCAACAGCACCAAGAUCUACCGCGAGGAGGGCUUCUUCGAUCUGCCGUUCCCGUGCCUGAGCUACGUGUGGCUGCCCAACAGUACCGACUGCUGCAUCACGUUCUGCAACAACAGGACGUACGCCGGCGGGUGGUGGUGCAACGAGAAGCGGCAGACCAAUGCGUCUGGGGCAUUCCCGAGGAUCUGGAUCGGGUGCGGCAAGGACGCCCAUGAGGAGCAUGCCUGCUCAUGA